UUGUCCAAACCAAGCGAAAGCGAGAUAAUAUUUCCGGGUUUUUUCUUUUUUCUUUCGUUCUUUCUGUUAUUAUUAUUUUUUGGGCAAUUUGGCGUCGAAUGAAAACUGAAAAGUUCAGAGCCCACCGCCGCUUCGUUCUUCCCUCCCCACUCUUCACAUCCCACCUCCGGCUAGUUUAGUUAUGUAAGUCAGAGCCCGAUAACCUGAAGCUCUUAAAAACCCUCAGGGCAGGCUUUCAGCUCCACCUCCCGUCAGUCGCCUGAACCACCAACACUCUCACAGCUUAGCCUCCAAGUAUAAGAAGCCAAGGGGUGUGAUUCAGCGCUUCCUAACAAUAAUGGCGGCCUCGGCGGCCUCAGAAGUCACAGAUGGCCCAGUCCUGAGUCUCAUCAACAAACGCCUCCGAGCCCUCCGAAAGAAAUACAACCGAAUCCUUCAGAUGGAAGAGGGUAUUGCUCAGGGCAAGCCCAUCAACAAGGAGCAAGAGGAGGUGCUACGCUCCAAGCCGACCGUUGCUGCUCUUAUCGACGAGUUCGAAAAGCUCCGUCAACCUCUCACCGCUGCCCUCCAAGAGGAGCUCAAACUUACCGUCCAACACCAUCAAGUCUCUGCUACUCCCCACGUCGUCGACGACAACGUUGAGGACAGUAAGGACGGUAAGGAAGAGAGCGGGGAGUCCGAGAAGGGCCGGUCUGACGGGGACCGAGACGAAUCCAUUCUUGAAGAUCUUUUGAAUCUUCUGUACUUCGCAUCUUUGUUCGAUGUUAAGCCCCAGAGUGAUUUCACCUCUACGAUGCUCACCCGGACUCAUGAACGUGGUUGCUGCUUGACCUAUGAUUAUGUCACCGAUGAUGCCACCGAUCUACUUGGGGAAAGAGAUUUGGAUAUGAUUUCUAUGCUGGGCAGUCUUCUAAUUUCGCGCCCUGUUCACUCCAUUCUUUCCCACAAGAACGCUUUGCGGAGCUGCGUCCAGCAUGCAAAGCUCUGGCUUUCCAAUUCGGACCAGCCCAUUGAACCGGGAGCCGCUGUUACCUAUACGGGGUUGAGAGAGCGACUCAACAGGAUACUGGCGUCAGACUACUUCACCACAACUCCUGAGAUGAAAGCUCCGGUUGAAGUGGCUGCAGCUGCGGGCAAGUAUGCUCCUUGCCAGGCUCCGGUCCAGAACUCGGUGGUGCCAUCACCAGUACCAGUACAAGCAGAAGGUGCAUUUGGGCAUUACCAUGAUAAGGGGGUUGAGGAUGGCAAAUUUAUUGCCCUAGCUGAACUUAUACAGCGUCUUGAUUGGGUUUGUUCAGAUCCUUCCAAACCAAACAGAUGUAUUUGGACCCCACAUCCCAAAGGGUUGUUUUCUUAUACCUCCUUGUAUAUUUGGAAUUGGUUCUUCUCUUUGUUUGGGUGCAUGUGGAAUCUCCCAAUAGAGGAGGAGGAAAACAGCACGUGUCUUCAGGAACAAGACACCAGCACUGAUCAAUCUCUUCCUGUUGAGGAACCGCCCAAGGAUGAGCCAGAGCAGCAGACUCCAGCUGUCAUUUCAGUUAAACAGGAACAAGAAAAACCGCAGUUGGAGCUUGAGGAGCAGAGUCAGAUAGAUUUGGAGGCAAAGGAGCAACAGUACAUUCCACGAAGGACAUACCAGAACCAGAGAGGCCGUGGUGGUGGCCGAAGGGGUUAUGCAAAUGGUCGUGGAGGUCGAAGUGGCAGGAGUGGUGGGGGCUACCAGAACGGGCGCAGCCAAUAUUACGACCAGCCAGGAAAUUAUUAUCCAAGGAAUUACUACAACACUAGGGGAAGAGGUGGUAGGGGUGCUGGUGGGUAUGCUUACAACAGUCGUGCAUCAGGAACUCCUGGUGGCCAUGCACCUCAUGACGUUGAGCAGGCUUCUUGAGUGGGAUGUUGAGGUCUUCCCUUAGGGUGUCUGAUUAGCGCUUUUCUUUUUCUUUUGAGGAGGUGGGAGGGUGGAGUGGGGUGCUUUUAAACUGGGAAAUUUUGGUCUGUAAUAGAAGGUAGUGUUUUCACCCUCCCUAAUGCUUUUGUAGUUCCAAGUAUAUUGUGGGAGUUAGGAUAUAACAAAAGUGGUUUUGACUCUGGAGAGAACCCAAUAAUAACUGUAUGAUGCAUUUAUCCGCUUGUC